AUGGAGAAUAUGCAAUCCAAAAAUCAAACCCCAUUCUCAGAAUUCCUUCUGCUGGGACUGACGGAUGAUCCAGAGCUUCAGACCCUCAUCUUCAGUGUGUUCCUGUCCAUUUACCUGGUCACUAUCCUGGGAAACCUGCUCAUCAUCCUGGCUGUGAACACUGACUCCCAUCUCCACACCCCCAUGUACUUUUUCCUCUCUAGCCUGUCCUUCACUGACAUCUGCAUAAGCACCACCACCAUCCCAAAGAUGCUGGUUAACAUCCAAACACAGACUAAGAGUAUCUCUUACGAAGCCUGCUUCACACAGGAUUUGGUGUAUACAUCAGUGGUGCAGUUACUGAUUCAAGCAGGAAGGCUGCAGUGGCUUCAAUUUACCAAUGACAUGAAACCAGAAAAUAUUUCAGAUACUGCCAAAUUUGUUCUCCUGGGAUUGUCAGAUGAUCCACAUCUACAGCCCAUCCUCUUGGGACUGUUCCUGUCCAUGUAUCUGGUCACAGUGCUCGGGAACCUGCUCAUCAUCCUGGCUGUCAUCUCUGACUCCCACCUCCACACCCCCAUGUACUUCUUCCUCUCUAACCUGUCCCUGGCUGACAUCUGCUUCAUCACCACCACAGUCCCAAAGAUGAUUGUGGACAUCUCAACUCACAGCAGGGUCAUCUCCUAUGUGAGCUGCUUGAUGCAAAUGUCUCUUUUUAUCAUCUUUGGAUGUAUGGAUGCCAUGCUGCUAACUGUGAUGGCCUAUGACCGCUUUGUGGCCAUCUGUCACCCUUUGAGGUACAAUGUCAUCAUGAACCCAAAAGUUUGCUGGCUGCUGGUUCUGCUUUCCUUCAUCAUCAGUGUCCUUGAUGCCUUGCUCCACACCUCCAUGGCACUGCAGCUGUCAUUCUGCACAAACCUGGAGAUUUCCCACUUUUUCUGUGAAUUGGAUCAACUUCUCAAGAUUGCCUGUUCUGAUAUCCUCAUCAAUAGCAUGAUGGAGUAUUUGGUGACAGGACUGCUGGGUGUUGUUCCUCUCUCUGGGAUAAUUUUCUCUUACACUCAAAUUGUCUCUUCUGUUCUGAGAAUCCCAUCAGCUGGUGGAAAGUAUAAAGCUUUCUCCAUUUGUGGGUCACACCUAAUAGGACUUUCUUUGUUCUAUGGCACAAGCUUUGGGGUGUACCUCAGUUCCACAGGUGCUCAGUCCCCCAGGAUGAGUGCAAUUAUCUCAGUGAUGUACACUGUAGUGACCCCCAUGAUGAACCCCUUUAUCUACAGCCUCAGGAAUAAGGAAAUGCUGAGGGCUUUAGAGAAACUCAUCUUUAGGAUAUCAUCUUUCCAUUCAUAUGUCAGAUGCUUAUACUCCUGGAAUAAGUCAAAGAGAAAAAAGACGUGUGCUCUGCUUCAAAAUGAACUGUUUCAAAAACCUACAGCAAAACAGUCAUUAACGUUUCCUCCUAUAACAAGCAUGGCUUUUACAUCAUCCCAUACUCAUCUUGCUGGACCUUAUAAGGAUGACAUACGUCCCCAGCUUGAAGAACACAAAAAGCAUAUGUCCCUUCCUUAUACUCCCUAA